AUGGAGGGUAAAAGCAAUACUAACAAGAUCAAGUUAUCUGGAGUUGGUAAUGAAGGGCCAGCUACAAAGAUAUCUUUGAGUUUCAAUCAAAAAGUAGAAGAUGAAAUGGAUGAAUUUGGAAUGCCAAAAAGGAAGAUUUCAAAAGGUGAUGGCUCUUAGUCUUCCAAGAAGAAAUAGCCUACAAAAUAAGUUACCACUAGCGGAGGUAAAAGCAAAAUGCAAUCUAAAAAGAAAAUGAUGAGCGAUGAAAAGCAAAGACCUGAAGGAACAAGUACAUUGGAGGAAAGUCCAGAUGAUUAAACAAAGAAGUCAAAGAAAAGAUAUCAAAAGGGCAAAGGAGAAUCUGCAGGUGGAGAAAAUAAGAGCUUUAAGACUCAGAUCUCUGGAUUAUCAGCUCUUUCUGGAGAAAAGCCUCAAAAGAGAAUGAAGACCUAGUCAGGAGAUAACAUCAGUGAUUCUGGUGAUAGAGAUAAUUUAGAAGAGUCAAAGGGAGUGUCUAGCAAUAACUUGACUAGUUAGUUUGAGGAGACUAAGCAAGUCAAGGAUUCUUAGCAGUAAAAAUAAGAAAUUCAAGAGAGGAAAGAUAAUUUCUCUAAAAAGCCAGUUAAAAAGUGGGAGAAGAGAUGGGUUUUACAGCCAAACGUGAUAGAGUAUGGAAAUGAUAUUUGGAUUUGCAAAUGGGUUUGCGUUGACAGUCUCAAUACUGUCAAUAUUGGCGAGCAAGCAAAGGUUGGAGUUCAAUACUACGAAAAAGUGAAUGGACUAAGUUCAUUCCCUAUCAAUGAAACCAUAGUCAAAGAAGGACAGGAACAAGCAAAUAAGACACUUAUCAACUAACACUAACAGGAUGAAAUGACUUUGCAAGAGCAUAUUCAAUAUGAGAAAGCAGCUCAGCAAACAUUGGACUAUUUUACACCUCUUUAAAAUGCUGAGUUAGAUCUAGAGUCUCUUUCAAAGAAGUACGUUUGCUAAGAAGAGGACUGUGGCAAGGUAUUCUUUGAUUAAGGAUCUUAUCGUAAGCACCAAAUGACUCACGGAGAAAGGAUGUAUAUAUGCAAAGUUCCAACUUGCGGCAAAAAAUUUUUGGACAAUUCUAAACUGAAAAGACAUCAACUUGUUCACACAGGGGAGAAACCUUACAAGUGCGACAUUUGCAACAAAAAAUUCUCUUUAGACUUUAACUUAAGAACUCACUUGAGAACUCAUACUGGUGAGAAACCUUAUGUAUGUUCCUUCCCUGGCUGUAACAAAAGGUUCACAUAGUCAUCAAACUUGACAGCUCAUGAGAGAACUCACUCAAUGAGAGACAGCAAUGGUUAGCUCAUCCCUUCUGGCUAGAUGAUAGACGAAGACGGCAACAUUUAAAUGUACGGAGAAGGUGAAUAUGAUGAGGGCAUGAUUAAUGAAAUGCAAGGUAAUUACAUGAUGCAGCAGCAAUAGCAGCAGUUAUUCCAAACUGAGAAACUUAAUGGCUAGGGUAUGUCAAAUUAGAAUAUAUUUGAAGUGCAAUAGCAAUUUUAAAACAGACCAUACCCAGAGAGAUAGCACUAUGCUUAAUUAGAUGAUGAGGAGGAAUAGGGAUUAGAUGAAGAGUGUGAAGAUCAGAUGUUGAAUCCUAAGUAUCAUCACACAGAUAUGUAUUGA